UCUCGUUGAUGAGUGUCGCACCAGUGCCAAAACCACAAUGGUUUUCCCCAAACCUCAACACCACCGUCGUUGCUUUUCUUCAACCACUCUGUGUUCAUCUUCUUCUUCUUCUUCGAACGACGCUCUCGUUGGGGAGAGAGCAAUCGCGUACCUAAAACACCAACCUCAAAUGCUCCCAUCACUCUCUCCUCAUUUCACUCCCCAAGCGGCUUCCUACGUUUUACUCCACUCCCAAUCCAACCGCGGCAUUCUCCUCAGAUUCCUCUCAUGGGCCCAGGCCCAGGCCCACACUUUCCUCACCCUGCACUGCAAGUGUCUUGCCAUCCACAUUCUCACCCGCUUCAAGCUCUACAACACUGCGCACUCCCUCGCCGCCACCCUCAUCGACCAUACCGCCGCCGACCUUUUCCGUCACCUUCAUGACACCCACUACCUCUGCAACUCCUCCUCCGUCGCCGCCGCAGCUGGUGCGUUCGACCUCGUCGUCAAAUCCCUCUCCCGCCUCGACUUUCCCGACAAAGCCUUGGAAGUCCUCUGCAUUUCCACCCGCCACGGCUUCGCGCUCGCCGUCCUCUCCCACAACGCCAUCCUCCACGCGCUCCUUCGCCGCCUGCACCGCAAAAACUCCCUCCGCCAAGCCGAACAACUGUUCCGUGACAUGAUCGGCAACGGCGUGUCGCCGAACGUGUACACUUACAACAUCAUGAUUCGCGGUGUGGUUGACCGGGGAGACUUGGAGAGGGGGUUCGAGUUCAUGCGCGAGAUGGAGAGGGAAGGGGUUUCGCCGACUGUGGUUACUUACAACACGCUGAUCGAUGCGUGCUGCAAGAGGAGGAGGGUGAAGGAGGCGAUGGUGUUGCUGAGAGUGAUGGCGGCGAGAGGCAUGGUUGCGAAUUUGAUUUCGUACAAUUCGGUGAUCAAUGGAUUGUUUGUUGAGGGGAGAAUUAGUGAGGUUGGGGAAUUGGUUGAGGAGAUGAGUGUGAAAGGGUUUGUUCCUGAUGAGGUCACUUAUAAUACUCUUGUUAAUGGGUUUUGCAAGGAGGGGAAUUUCCACCAGGGGUUUCUGCUACUUUCGGAGAUGGUUGAGAAGGGGUUGUCACCAAAUGUUGUUACCUACACUACUUUGAUCAACUGCAUGUGCAAGGCUGGGAAUUUGGGUCGAGCGAUGGAAAUUUUUUAUCAGAUGCGUGUUAGGGGGCUGAGGCCGAAUGAGAGGACUUACACAACCUUGAUUGAUGGUUUCUGCCAAAAAGGAUUGCUAAAUGAUGCUUAUAGGGUCCUGAGUGAGAUGAUCAUUAGUGGAUUUUCGCCGUCGGUUGUGACUUACAACGCGCUUGUGCAUGGAUAUUGCUUUCUGGGGAGGGUGGAGGAGGCUGUGGGGAUUUUGAAGGGGAUGGUUGAGAGGGGGUUGUUUCCUGAUGUUGUUAGUUAUACCACUGUUAUAGCUGGGUUUUGCAGAGAGCGGGAGCUGGGGAAAGCUUUUCGAAUGAAGGAGGAGAUGGUUGAGAAGGGUGUUAUGCCUGAUGGGGUUACAUAUUCCUCGCUCAUACAAGGUCUUUGUCUGCAGCAAAAACUGGUAGAAGCUUUUGAUUUGUUCCGAGAGAUGCUGCAGAUGGGUCUCCCGCCUGAUGAGGUUACGUAUACUAGUUUGAUUAAUGCUCACUGCGUUGAGGGUGAGUUGAGCAAGGCUCUUCGUUUGCACGAUGAAAUGAUGCAAAGGGGCUUUUUUCCUGAUGAUGUUACCUACAGUGUACUUAUUAAUGGACUUAAUAAGAAGGCUAGGACGAAGGAAGCAAAGAGGCUUCUUCUGAAGUUGUUUUAUGAAGAGUCUGUACCAAAUCAUGUAACAUACAAUACACUGAUAGAAAACUGCAGUAAUAGUGAAUUUAAGAGCGUGGUAGGUCUUGUGAAAGGAUUCUGCAUGAAGGGUUUGAUGAAUGAAGCGGAUCAAGUUCUUACGACAAUGCUUCAGAGGAAUCAUAAGCCUAAUGCAGCAAUUCAGAAUUUGAUAAUACACGGACAUUGUAGAAGUGGAAAUGUUCACAAGGCAUAUAAGAUGUAUACUGAGUUGGAACAUUAUGGUUUUGUUUCUCAUACAGUGACUGUACUUGCUCUCGUGAAGGCACUAUCUAGGAAAGGGAUGAAUGAUGAGCUGAGUCAGGUAUUGCAAAAUGUAUUGAGGAGUUGUAAGCUUAAUGAUGCUGAGGUAGCUAAAGUACUUGUUGAGGUUAACUUUAAAGAAGGUAACAUGGACGCUGUUUUGAAUGUGCUAACUGAAAUGGCCAAGGAUGGCCUGCUACCUGACGGUGGGAUGCAUUCAUUUGCUCCCGGAAGAACCUAAUGUGUUUCAUCUUCUGCGCUGAACUAUGCUAUGUAUGCUGAAAUUAAAAUGGAUCCUUCUAGCUUACACCUAGCAUGUUUGGCUUGGACUUACAAUGUGAGAAUGAAACCCUACCUGGGAAACUAAUUUAUCAUAUUUUUUUGGCGCUCCACAAUUAUCAGAGACCACCAUCUUGGACAGAAUUGGAUUGGCGGUGAUUGCUGAUGUUCUUAAAGUGUUGUAUUACAUUAUCACUAAAUUAGAGACAAGGCGCUUUUUAUUUGUUGCAAAUCACCCACUGGAGAUGAAAUCUCGUGUGCUACUUGGUAAAUCAAAUGAGGUUCUCAUGGAAGGAAUCUUGGGCAUUGGGAGGAAUCUUUUAAACAACCAUUGCCAGAGGCUUUUACAAUGAAAUCAGUCAAAACCUGGGAGGUAAAAGUUUCAUUGCAAAAACUAAGUGUAAUUUGGACCAUGGUGAGGGUAGCGGCAGAGCUUAUUUGCAAGAAAAGUUUCCAGACAUCUUGAAAACUAGAAGGAUGAAUUUGCAUAACGUUGAACUGGGAAGGACUAUAAUAAGGGGAAGUAUCCUAUCGGAAAGGCUUUGGUCAUCUGUGUGGAGGUCACGAACGGUUUGGUCCAGAGAAUAUAUUUAUUGUCGCAACUAGAGAAAGAAUAUUUGCUGAAUGUUGUUUAGGAAGAGAGAACACACACACAAACACUUAUACAUAGAAUGUAAGAAAUGGAAGAAGGCACAAUCUGUUGAGAUUUUCAUCUGGCAUGUUUAAACUAGCUGUUCCAACAGCAAAUUUUAUUUAACUCUGUCGUUGCUUA